AUUCUUAUCAGUCAGUGCAAGUGUGCAAGUCAGUGCUUGCUCACCUUCUAAGCAUGAUUGUUCAGCGGUGCCGUGUGCUCAGCAUUUAAAACCGGGCGAAAAGAGGGUUAAGUUAGAAAAAAAAAGUUUCCAACGAAUAGUAUAACUUCUAGUCUUUCAAGUAUCAUCAACAUGCUAACAACUGCAGUUAACAAUAUGAACAAUAACAACGAGCUGGCGGGCCGAAAUGGUGACAAAAAAAUGAGUAGCUCUGAAGAAGUCUCUUGGAUAUCUUGGUUCUGUGGCCUCAAGGGCAAUGAAUUCUUCUGUGAGGUCGAUGAGGACUACAUCCAGGACAAGUUCAACCUAACAGGACUCAAUGAACAGGUACCACAUUACCGCCAGGCACUGGAUAUGAUUUUGGACUUGGAGCCAGAUGAAGAUCUCGAUGAUAAUCCUAAUCAAUCAGAUCUCAUUGAGCAGGCUGCAGAAAUGCUGUAUGGAUUGAUCCAUGCUCGUUACGUUCUCACAAACAGAGGUAUUGGCCAGAUGAUUGAGAAAUAUCAAGCUGGUGACUUUGGACACUGUCCGCGAGUCUAUUGCGAUUCACAGCCUAUGCUUCCAUUGGGACUGAGUGACGUGCCCGGUGAAGCUAUGGUAAAAAGUUACUGUCCAAAAUGCAUGGAUGUUUACACACCUAAAAGCUCACGACAUCACCACACUGAUGGUGCAUACUUUGGAACAGGGUUCCCACACAUGCUCUUUAUGGUUCAUCCCGAAUAUAGACCAAAGCGUGCAGUAAAUCAAUUUGUACCAAGGUUAUAUGGAUUCAAAAUUCAUCCUUUAGCUUAUCAAGUUCAACAACAAUCAGCAGCUACAUUCAAACAACCACUCAGAGCAAUGAAUUACAACAACGGAAAGCGCUAAGAUCCAUUUAACAUAGUCUAGGCAGAAAAAAAGCAAAACUUCUUCACACUAAUUGAAAUGCAAAUCUUACUUUCGUCCCUAAGAUUAAAAUGAAAUGAAAUAUUAUUUUUUAUAUAUGAUAUCUCUCAAUCUCUUUCCUUGCGUCAAACUGUGACGCUAAAGGCAACGUUAGAAGAAUAUCGUCGUUCAAAGCUAUUUCUCCAGGUCUCGGGCAACAAUUCUAACGUCAAAGAGAAAAAAAGAGAGAAUUGUACAUUUAAAUUUUUUUAAACUCCGAAGUUAUAGACAGUUCUUUUUUUUUCCUAAAAAUUUUGACCGCGGGUCUGUGCGUGUGACCGAAAUAUUCUUGUUCACAUCAAGGAACGUAACAUGUGCAGAAGAGGAAAGCUUAAGGCAAGCAAAAAAACGGAUAAUAAAAUUGAUCAUUAAAAAAAAUAAAUAUAUACCUAGAAUAAUAGCUAGGAUACAAGAGCAAAGACAAGAAAAGUAGAUUGUAUUUGUCUGUACAAGUCACACGCGUCAUUUAUGGUUGCUGCCAAGUAGUUCCUAAGCUCAAGAAUGCUUUCUACUGAAUUCGAAAGUCUGACAAGGAGCGCGCAGGUAGCAUAAAAGAAACUUGAUGAAAUUAAUAAAAAUAUAAGUGAAAUGUGCAUAAGCUAGAUUUCUUAACCGUGAGGCGAAAAAGAAAAAUAAAUACGAUGUUUAUAACAAAUUUUUUGUUACGAUUCUUUUUUAAGUCGGUAUUUGAUAAAUUUCCAUUAAUAUAAAAUAUAUAAUUGAUGCGAUAACAUUUUUUAAUACAGUAGUGGAAAUUUGUCAAAAGCUUGAGACUUGAAAUCUAAAUUUUAUACAACACUUAAAUAUUAAAUGACGUUUUAAAUGUUCUUACAAAUAUUUGUGCUUAUUAUAUUCUUUUACUUAAGUAGUUUCUUUCUGGUUUUCACGAAAAUUUAUGUCUAGUGAUUUCUUUUGAGUAUAAAACAAUGACGUGUGAGAAAAAUUAUGAAAAAAUAGUAAGAUGAUCACUGUUUGAGUGUUUGUUGAUGCUUAAUUAAAUUUAAUAAAUCGUCAAAGAAUGUGUGGUUUGCGACUGAGGAUUGUAUUCCUAGACUCGCAGAUUCAAGCAGUAAAGUAUAAGACGCGUGAGAGAAAACACAUGCCUGUUAUUAUUGUACCGACUAAAUUAAAUUUAGAGGGUAAAGUUUUUAUUUUACUAUCGUUUAUGCUUUUGAUCUUACAGUCGGUUAUUCGCGCCACACUCUUUAAAUCGAGAUUUGAAUCCCUCUUUUUUAUAGUCUUAAUAUAUCUCCUUUUUCGAACGUUGUUAAUUCUUGGUAAAUAGUUAGUUCUUUUACAUUUACUCUAGUAUUACUAUUCCCUUAAUCUCUAUUUUAAUUGCGAUUACGUUCUUACAACUCCACUUUUAUUUAUUACUUUUUUUUUAGUGCGAGUUUUUCGACGAGUAUGGCACGAAUCGCCAACUGAAAGAAAUACAAGCUUUUUUUUAAACACAUUUUUUAUUGUAAUACAAAAAACAUAAACGGCUUUUCUUUUUUAAGUAAACGACCCUUUGACUAGCGAAUCAUUCAUAUUUUGUUCAUACACAAAAUGUAAAUCGAUCUAUAAAUUAAUACACGACUUAUUUAAAAAAACAAAAA